GAAAGCUACAUUUAAUUCUUUCCACUGCUCCAAAAAGCACAAAUUGAAUGCCGGUGUCCCCUUUGCAACAUGCACUAUCAUGGCUGAGGAUUUCAAAGAGAAACGCAGAAAGCAAACACAACCAAAGAGGAAUAACGGUGAUGAUGACAAUGAUGACCAAUGUCUAAUGGGAAUGGAGAACAUAAAUAACUCAGAUAUGGAGGGAGGAGAAGUUAUUGGUGGCAGGUGCCUGUCCUUGACACUAUCAACAGCUCAACAAGGAAUUACCGUCAGGGCUAAUAAAUCUGAUGAAUCUUCAGACAGAAUGGCUGUGAAUCCAUGUAAAGUUUGUGAGAGUAAUUGCGAGGGUUGCUCAUCUUGCAGCAUCCAUCACCAUAUACAGACUGACCUCCCAUUCUCCCUUUGCCCUUCUGCUGAACUAAAUGAAGACAUCCUUCAGACGCCUACCAAGAACGAUGUAGACCUGAGAAAAUUUAAAUGUGUCGAAUGUGGAAAGGCUUUUAAGUUUAAACAUCAUUUAAAAGAGCACGUUCGAAUACAUAGUGGUGAGAAGCCAUAUCAGUGUUCAAGAUGCAAACGAAGAUUCUCACAUUCUGGAUCUUACAGUUCUCACCUUAACAACAGAAAAUGCUUUUCUAGUGACCAGACAACUGCUACAAUGCCUCCUAUUCUACCUUGCAUGUCAGAAGAAAGAACUGCCAGAUGUAAAAAACAAAAUGAAGAGGGAAAGCACUGCCACCCAGUCAACCCGAACCAUGGAAACUGGUUAAUUUAUGAUCCAGUUGUUAGACCUCUUGCAAAGAUGCCAGUAACAUGGCUAGAUUAUGACUUAAAUCGUUUCUGUGGAUCAGUUGAUAGGUUGUCGGUUGAUAUGAGAAUGACACCAAUGAGGACACAUUUGGAACAGGCUACUGAAAACUGGUAUAUUGGCAAUGCAUGUUGGAGCAAUUUACAACAAAUACCAGCCAGGGAUUAUGGUUGGUCAGGAGUUGACGUGGGACAGUUUGGUGUUCAUUUUCCUCUGGCUUUGCCCAAACCAUCACUAAUAACCAGUAACCCCCCACAUGAUCAAUAUUGUCCAAAUUCAUUUUUCCUUAGUCAACGCAAUCAAGCGUUGGCUAAUUUAUGUCGUACAGAAUUUAAAUGUGACCAUUUCAUUCAAACAGCCAAUAGUUCUCCUACCGGCAAUCAGACAGCUGAUGAAAGAUUCCAUAAAACCGAGUCAGAAAAUUCCAAAAGUUCUAAAGACCAAAACGACCCAAACGUCCGUGAGUGUCAAACAACCUCAACCUCCGAGAUUGAACUUGACUCUUCAGACUGUUGCCAACCAGAGUUUCAUGACUCUGCAAUUCAUAUCCUCCCAUCUCUCAGGAAUAUUAUCCCCAUGCCUUCUAACAUUAUCCAUAAAGAACCACAAAUGGAACCACUGGAUUUAUCUUUGCCAAAGUCAAACAGGACUCUGCCCAUAAAUAAUGAUUUUAAAAGGAGCAAUUACAGUAACCCAUCUUCUUUUUCUGUGCUGGAAUAUGAUGAGCCACUAACUACACCCUUUAAUCUUCCUUACCUUCCAACCAGUGUGUUACACAAUUUCAUGGGCAACAACCCUGCUUUUCAGACCAACCAUCCUUUUAAAGGGCUACAACUUUACCCAUUCAUAAACAACCUUGAAGGAUAUAAGGCAUUUUUUAAACCACUUUCUGUUGGGGUCCAAGGCCCUAUGGAAAACAUUUUUAAAGAAGUCACUGGAAAUGGUCAGAAGGGAUCCAUAAGGAACAAGCUUCAGAAGGCAGAAAAUGGACUAUAUGCUUGUGAUCAAUGUCAUAAGAUGUUCCAGAAAGGCAGUUCCCUCUUACGUCAUAAAUAUGAACAUACAGGUAGCAGGCCUUAUAAAUGUGAAAUCUGCAGGAAGGCAUUUAAGCACAAACACCACCUUAUUGAACACGUCCGUCUGCAUUCUGGAGAGAAGCCCUACCAUUGUGAAAAAUGCGGAAAAAGGUUCUCCCACUCCGGAUCCUUCUCUCAGCAUAUGAACCAACGGUACUCCUAUUGUCGUAAGCACGGAACAGAUAAAGAUCAGGAGAUUGGUGAUCAGUGAGGCUGGCACAAUUAAUUUUAGGGAUACAUUGGCCAGCGAAACAUUUGUACAAUGAGACAGAGAGAACAAGGUCCCGAUAAUGAACAAAGUCUCUGGUUCCUCAUAUAUAUACCCAAGUAUUAUUAACAGUGAUGAGUGAAUCUGUCCCAGGGCCCCAAUUUUGCAAAACACAUUGAAGUCAAUGUAUUGGUACUGUAUAUUUUCACAGCAACUUGUUUUUGCAUAAAAUACAUUGGAGUAAAUGGGCUUUUAAUUGGGCAAAAUUUUUCAGCCCAAAAUACACUGAAGUCAGUGGCUGUUCUUCACUUUGACUUUUAUCUGCACAAUAUACAUUAAAGUAAUGGACUUUUUUUUAAGCAACUUUUGCUGUGCAAAUUACAUUGGGGUCAAUAAGGCAUUUUGUUACCAUUUUUCAGCACAUACUCUGCCCUGUGCUCCCUGUGUGUGCCAUAAUCUACCUGCUCUUCUCUAUGCUCCCUGUGUGUGCCAUA